GAACACAAGGCAGCAUAUAUGUGGUUCCCAAGGUCUCCCAUCCAGACACUGACCAGAUCCGGACCUGCUUAACUUCAGCAACGUGGUGGCGGCCUCGUUGGAUACAACAGAAUGAGGGACCAGACGAAGAAUAUUGCUCUUUUCCAAUCCCCCACCCCCCGUUUUACAUUCCUAGUUUCCAUCUGAGGUAUCUCCCUUCCCCGGUUUGAAAACUAAGGAAGACAAAAUCAUGUCCCCCGCCACGCGUUUUGCGGGUAAGGAAGGCGCGGAUGAAAAAUGAGCAAAGAAGAGGAAAUUGGGCGGUAACAGAAAAAGAGUGAGAAGAAACGAACAGGGUGCGGGCGAAGAGAUGUAAGACAGUUACUGGAGAAAAAGGGAAGGCCAAUGGGGGGGGGGGAGAGUUUCCUUCCGGAGAGGCUAUUCAGACGGAGUCUGCUCCUCAGCGCUCCUGCAGCAAGCCCCGUGGGAGCGGCGGCUGCUGCUGUUGUCGACACCUCCAGAGUGAGGCGCUCGGAAGCCGCUGCCGGCGGCCCUGAGCGAACGGGCUGAGCCGCGAGCGGAGCCUGCCUCAUAUGCUACCGCGCUGGCGGCUGACUGUUUCUUCUGCCACCCUUGUGUGGAGGAGGCAGAGCAGUGGGAGGGACCAGUACCGAGGCGUCGACAAGGUACUGCCAGUAAAGCUCGAAGUGCGCACAGGCGCCGCUGCCGGGAGAGAAGUUUUCACUCAGACCAACAACGCGGAGCUGCCGCUGCCUCUGUUGCGGCGCGCGGCCACGCCUCGCGGACUUGCAAAGGCGGUCUCGGGGUCUGGAAGUGUGACGGCAAAGAGGCGGAGGAAGAGAAGGAGGCGGCGGCGGGACCCACAACUCGGUGGGCGUCUCCGCGCGGGAGGGACCCCGCGCUCUCGCCGCCGCCGCAGCAGCCCAUGCCCACCACCAUGGCAGCGCGGUCCCGGCGCCCCUGGCUCAGCGUGGUGUUGGGACUGGUGCUGGGCUUCACCGUCGCCUCCUGGCUCAUUGCCCCCAAAGUGGCCGAGCUGAGUGAGAGAAAAAGGCGAGGCGGCGUCGGCUCCGCCGGUGUGGUCGGCGGCAGCAACAGCCUCUGUGCUUUCUACGGCCGUGCGGGUGAGCUGCCCGCCGAGAAGAGGCAGCUGCGACUUGAGGAGGCGGCAGCAGUCGCUGGGGGGCUUGGGGGCGCCAGCAUUAGAAGCAGCCUGUGGGAGAAACAGAGGGAGCAGCAGGAGCCGCCACCCGCUGCGGACGAGCCCGGGCCGAGUCUCUCGACUGCAGCUGCUGGAGAAGGAGACCUACAGCAGCAUGAGGAGGAGGAGGAGGAGGAAGAAACCGCCGGCCGCCACGGCAGCAGCCACAACGGCAGCGGGGACUAUGCGGGCGCCCCGGGCUGCGCCAAGACCCGCCACUUCCUCUACGUGGGAGUGAUGACCGCCCAGAAGUAUCUGGGCAGCCGAGCGCUGGCGGCGCAGCGGACCUGGGCUCGCUCUAUCUCCGGCCGGGUGGAGUUUUUCUCCAGUCAGGGCUCGGUCCCUCCGCCCGCUUUGAGGGGAGAGCAGCCGCUGCCGGUCGUCGUCUUGCCCGGAGUAGACGACUCGUAUCCGCCACAGAAAAAAUCCUUCAUGAUGCUCAAGUAUAUGCACGACCACUACCUGGACACUUACGAGUGGUUCAUGCGGGCGGACGACGAUGUCUAUAUCAAAGGUGAAAAAUUGGAGGAUUUCCUUCGGUCACUGAACAGCAGUAAACCUCUCUAUUUGGGACAGACAGGACUGGGGAAUAUUGAAGAACUGGGGAAAUUGGGUCUUGAGCCAGGAGAGAAUUUCUGCAUGGGAGGGCCUGGGAUGAUCUUCAGUCGUGAAGUUCUCAGGAGGAUGGUGCCACAUAUAGGUGAAUGCCUUCGAGAAAUGUACACUACUCAUGAGGAUGUGGAAGUGGGCAGAUGUGUUCGGCGGUUUGGUGGAACUCAGUGUGUCUGGUCAUAUGAGAUGCAGCAGUUGUUCCAUGAAAACUAUGAGCACAACCGGAAGGGUUAUAUACAGGAUCUUCACAACAGCAAAAUUCACACAGCAAUUACACUUCACCCAAAUAAAAGGCCAGCCUAUCAGUAUAGGCUUCACAAUUAUAUACUGACCCGUAAAAUUUCAGAAUUGCGUUAUCGCACCAUUCAGCUUCACCGGGAACGUGCUGUCAUGAGCAAGCUCAGUAAUGAUGAAAUCAGUAAAGAAGAUCAGCUUCUAGGAAUGAUGCCAUCUUUCAACCGCUUUCAGCCACGUGACAGGAAUGAAGUCAUUGAAUGGGACUUUUUGACUGGAAAGCUCCUUUACUCUAUGGCUGAGAAUCAACCACCUAGACAGAACAUUAAUAGCAUCCUGCGGGCAGCAUUAGAUGAUACUGUAAUGCAGGUAAUGGAAAUGAUCAAUGAGAACUCAAAAUCUAGAGGAAGGCUUAUUGAUUUCAAUGAAAUACAGUAUGGGUACCGUAGGGUUGACCCUUUGCAUGGCGUGGAAUACAUUCUGGAUUUGCUUCUUUUAUAUAAGAGGCACAAAGGAAGAAAAAUUACUGUUCCAGUUCGACGGCAUGCCUACCUGCAGCAAUUAUUUAGUAAACCAUUUUUCAAAGAGGAAGAAGAACUGGAUGUAAGAAGCCUUGUAGAAAAUGUGAACAGCAACAUGCAGUCUUUCUCCUUCCUUUCUAAUUCCCUGAAGAUUUUUUCGUCAUUCCAAGGCACCAAAGAAAUAGGAGGAAGCAGUGACAAAAAGAUCCACAUUCUUGUUCCUCUCACAGGGAGAUAUGACAUAUUCCUAAGAUUUAUGGAGAACUUUGAAAAGACUUGCCUUAUUUCCAAGGAGAACGUAAAGCUAGCAGUCAUUCUCUUUAACUCUGAUUCUGACCAAGAUUCCAGCAAGCACACAGAGCUGAUCAGCGAGUAUCAUAAGAAGUAUCCCAUGGCAGACAUGACCAUCAUUCCAAUGUCAGGAGUUUUCUCUAGAGGCUUGGGUCUUGAAAUGGCCUCCUCUCAGUUUGACAAUGAAACUUUGCUGCUAUUCUGUGAUGUUGACCUGAUAUUUACCCCCGAUUUUCUCCAGCGGUGUAGAGCUAACACCAUUCAAGGACAACAAGUUUAUUAUCCUAUUAUUUUCAGUCAAUAUGACCCCAAAGUAACAUAUGGGGGCAACCCUCCAGUGGACAGUAACUUUGUUUUCACAAAGAAAACUGGGUUUUGGAGGGACUAUGGAUUUGGGAUCACUUGCAUUUACAAAAGUGACCUUGUGAACGCUGGUGGAUUUGAUACCUCUAUUCAAGGCUGGGGACUUGAGGAUGUAGACCUCUUUACUAAAGUAAUAAACUCUGGAUUGAAGGCAUUUAGAAGCCAAGAAGUGGGAGUUGUACAUGUUUUUCACCCGGUUCAUUGUGAUCCCAACCUGGAUCCUAAACAAUACAAGAUGUGUUUGGGGUCAAAAGCAAGUACAUUUGCCUCUGCCAUGCAACUAGCUGAAAUAUGGCUAGAAAAACAUUUAGGUGUCAGGUAUAAUCGAACACUCUCCUGACAUUCUGAUUUACUCUGCCUUGCUAGAGGAGCUUACCUCAUACUCUUUCUUUUUAUUUGUUGCAUUCUUAAAACUCCUUUUUGUCUUCCAAAGGCUAUAUGUUUGACCUCACAUGAAAAGUCUUCUGUCAGGAACAGUACAGAUUCCUAUUGAACUGAUCAGAUGUGGUGUCUUUCUACUCCCUUUGAUCUAUAAACUGAGUGAAACCAUGGCAAUCAAACAAUCCCAUGGAGCAUAUCCAUCAUGAAGACUGCAUCAGAAGAAUGUUCUCUUUGGGCUUUAGGAUGCAAUAUCAAUCUUCAUCAUGUCCGUCAAACCUAAUGUGAUACAAAUAUUUUCUGGUGAAGGUACCACAAAAGUGCUUUAUGCUUCCUCUGGGAAAGAGACUCUGCCAAACUUGAGUUUUAUAAUUUAUAUGACUAAACUAAACAGUAUUAUUCUCCAUCUUUAUAAUUUUUAAAGUAAACAAAUAACUGACUAUCUCUAUUUUUUGCGAAAAGAGGAAAAACCACAUACAAACUGAGGGCUUUCUUUCCAAACGCAACUGGUACUGGCUACCAAGAACCUUAAAUGUCAUAUGAAAAUGACCUUCCUAUUACUGUCUACUCUAAAUGCAAUUGGACUGUGUUUUCUCAAGGAAGCGUGACUUAGUCAAAUAUUUGCAUAUGUUGAGAAGGUUUCUGAACCAAUGGCCUUCAUUUGCUGGCAAGAAGAAAUCAUGACACAAUGUGGUUAUUUAUAAUAAAAGUACAGACACACCAUAUUCUUUUUUUUCAAAGACAAGAAUAUGUUGUUUUGUCUGUGUUUAGAAUGAGCCUCUAAUAUAUAAAUAAUUUUCUAUUUUGUUCCUUUCAUAAGACUGCACUUGAUACAAAGGGAAAUAAAAGGGUACUUAAUAUUGUCUUUUUAUAAUUAUGCAUUAAUAUUGAUAUUCUGAACCAAUCAUUGUUAAACUUAAAAGAAAAUGUAAUUAUUUAAGUAUAAAAUUACUAUUGCUGGUCAAAGUUCUUGCCAAUAUAUUUAUAUUAGUGAAGAUUUAUAGGAAAUGGAAUGUGUUAAUACUUCUCUUUGUGAAGACUACAAAAUGUCAUAAUGUAUAUUGGUGGAAUACUGAAUGGAAAAUCAACAUUAGAACCAAAAUGUUACAUCUGUUUUUAAUAUUAUUAUUUUGUAAAACAGAGACAUAGUCAUUUCAAACAAAGUUCUCUUUCACUGCAUUUAUGACAGAUAGGUAGAAUUUUUUGUAAUGAAACUAAGAAUUCAGAGGAUGUAUCUAAGAAAUAUUAAAAAAUCAAGAUACAUAUCUAAUAUAAUGCAAUCAACAGGGAAAUCUGAGCAAAUAAUAUUUAUGGGUGUUAUUAAGGAAAGAAACAAAGUAUGUGUUCAGAUGGAUCAACCUUUGAACCUAUUUCCAUAAGCUUCCAAUGAACUGCACAUCAGCAAAUUUCACACUUGGAUUGACUCAUAAGACUUGCAUAGGUGGGAAGGGGAAGCCCUUGAUCAUUAAAACUUGUAUCCUGCUCAAAACUCCUUUUUAAAAUCCUACCCUAGAAAUCAUACACCCUAGAUACUAUUAAACCAGUAUAAAUUGUAACCAGAGAGCCAUCCUGCAAAGGAGGUGAUAAUCGAUAGUGAAUAAAAGGGAUGUAGGUUAAUUUGAAUAUUGGGAUCAGAGCAACAUUGUCUCCUGAACAUACCACUCAGGUUCUCCCAGACCUUUCUGCCUUGCAUUCUUCUCAGUAUUGGGGGACCUAUGAUUCUGGUUCUUCACUGUUUUCUGUUUUGCCAUUGGGUUCUGUGAUUUCCUGUUCCUACUAUUCAUCUCUCAGAAGUGUUCCCACUUCCUGCACUAUACCUGCACAUCACAUUUCACAGCCAUUUGGGCAUGUACAUAUUCCAUUGCACAUAUAAUUAGGAUUAGCUCAACCAAGCAUGCCAAACUCUUCCAUCAGUCACUAGCAGCUUCUCUUUCUUGUGGUUGAGCAUUGCUAGAUAGCUUAAGCAUUAGUUGCUGCCUACAUUGCCUAUGCACUUUGGUGAAAUGAGGUUGAUGCUGCCAUGAAAGAACUAGCAUCUGUGGUUUGCCUCUGAGCUACAUUAACCUAAGGUGUAAAACUUCCUGGCAGAUGACACUAUCAUAAAUUCUUGCAAGCAUAAUAAGGCUUUGGCUCUUCCAAAAACUUUACAAAUUAGAUUGAUAUGCCCUUGAAAGAUAUCACAGCAUAAAGUGCCAGCAUUCCCAUCUCCUUGUAUGAAGUCAAACUAGGCAACUCUCACUAUUCUGGGACUUUAAAGAAUACGUUGAAAGGCAGAAAACCCCACAGUUUCAAUCAUUUGUCUCUGAAAUAUUUUGUUCCCCAGUGACUGAUAUAAAUCCUUCAAAAUGACGUACACAACUGUUUGCAGAAACCAAAACCUUUCCUUUCCAGAAUCUGCACAUUCUUACAUUGUCAUGUUUAACUUAUCCAGUCAAGCACAGCUGAUGUUCGAAAUUCCAGAUUAUUAUUUGCAAUUUGAAUAUAAGUUUUUUCAAAAGCCAUUUGACUGUUCAAUAUUUAAAGAAAUUAAGCUCACUUGUAAUUGCAAAAAAUUCUAAAAGUCUGUCUUAAUUACAUCUUGAUAUAUCUGUUCAAUAUUUGUACUCAGCCUUGGACUAAAUUACCAUUGUUUGCUCAGAUUAGAUUACAUCAUAGAGCAUGAGCUGAAUGUUGUGACUGCUGAGAGAGUUCUAUGUAUUGAGGACUUGCCGGAUCGGGUCCUGUGUGGAAGAAAAACCAAAAUGUUAGUUCUUACUAUUAAGAGAUAUUUAUUUAGUGUAUGACCAAUUCAUUUGUUUAUAUGAUGGAUUACUUUGUUACAAACUGGAUUAUAAAUGUUUGUUAUAAAAUAUUACAUUGUGUUUGGAAUAACUGUUAUCAGAUAAAUCGUGCUAGCUAUUUUGUGAUAGGACAUACCUUCUAUAGAUUACAUUGACUUCAAGGUUGCAAUUUAUGUGGGGUUUUGCCAUGCCCAAGCUCUACUGAGUGAAUAGGAGCUGUGCCCAGAAAUGCAUAGGUGUUGUUCACACCAGAAUCCCUAGUGAAUUGCAGGGGGAGUCCUGUUGAAUUAUACCCAGAAUCAGAAAAUACAAAAGAGCAUUGUUUUGUGAAUGUAUAUAUCAAAUCUACAUUACCUUGCACAGUUUUUGCUCUUUCAUCUAGUCUCUUGUUCAGGUAUCAUUCUUUAUGUUUCUAGUAUGUAAUUUCAAUUGAUGACACUAUAGAUAUUAAUAGCUAAUUUCUCCAGACACCCUGGAGAUAAUAUAUGGUUUUUCAUACAAAUGGCUAUUCAUUUAUGGUUGGAAAAAUAGCUUGUUUUGAAAUGAAAAUGAAAAGUGAGAUAUUUUAUCCUCCCAAUUUGAAAUAGUUUUCAAGGUAGUUUUGGAUGGUAUCUAAUGCCCUCGUUUCAUUAGCGUAAGGAUUUAAACUUGCACAACAGAGUUUAUCUCCUCUCCUUCCCCUAUGUGCACCCUGCACCCUUCCCAAAUCUACUCUGGAGAUUUGGAGGAACCUCAACAGAACAGAUUUAGGGAGUACGUGGGGGAAAGAGAGGGGGAAAGUUCAGUUGUGCAAAUGUAAAUCCUUGCACUAAUGGAAAAAGUGAUGCAGUGCUACUUUGAAUUCAAACCUCAAUUAUCCAUCUAUCUAGCAGAGAGACUUGGAUGCCAGCUAAAAUUUUGAUGCUAGAUAGUCAUGAUGAUUUUGGCAAUUCAACUGUGUUAAGAGACCUAACAGUGGUGCAAAAGUGUUCUCUUGAGAUAGUUUGAAACAUUGCAGCUGAGAUCUACAGUCAUGUGGGACUUAGUACCAUGUUUCAUGUGAAAUCCCCAGUUAAAAAUACAUGGCACAAUUUACUGCACUAAAAGUAGUAGUUGCUCACUCCCACAGGCACAUUCACAGCUCAUUGCUCUGGGAGUUGUGUGAUAUUUUCUGCCCAGUUAACACAUUAUUGCCCCUCCCCUAUGAAAGCAAUGAGUAAAAUAUUAAACUUUUUCAACAUAAAGCUUGUAUUCCUUUAUCCUUUUAUUUUUCCAAGCACUAUGAACCCCAUCCUGUCCUUCCUUUCUAACCAUUUGGUAUAUUUCAGGAUGGUGAAGCAAAAAACCACAACCAUCUGUUUAACAGGGAAGAAGAGAAAUCAGUAAUGAAAUAUGUGUGUUGUGCCAAAUUUUCACCCUGUAACAUUUUCAAGGUGAAAAGUGUGUUUUUGAGAAUUGGAAAAUACCGCAGAAGAACCCUACAAUUACUUUUUUCACAUGUUUUUUCAUUCCUGUUGGAACUAUUGUUCUGCUGCUGCUUCAGCACCAUUCCCCCCCCCCUUAACAUGGGUUGUUUUUCUCCUUCACUUUGUGAUCCCAGCAAAUGAUGAUGUAGUGUACAUGAUGAUGUCCUGGAGCUACACAUCCAGUUGAAGUCGCCUACAUGAUGACUGGAAGACAGUGAAGACAAAGUAUUUUCCUCACUCUGAACUGAGUUUUAAUUGCACCAAACAAUAUGUGGACCCCAGCUGCUGAUUUCAGUAUGCGUCCAAAUACAAUGUCUAAUUUUGCCACUGUGAUGCAUCCCUUUCAUCUUCUCAGCAUGGCAAAACAAGGAUUAUCAACCUAAUUCUUACAGAGACUUCCCUCUGCCUCCAUAAAUAUAUUUGCAUCUUUUUGCAUCCUUUUGAAUACUCUUCCAAUUGCAAAGAUAUAGAGAAAAUUUUGCUCAGCCCAGCGCUAGUUCGAACUGUCAACCAAACUCUGCAAAACCAACCCUCAAAACUAGUAA